AUGAAACGAGGCUUGCGCCACGAGCCGUCGAAACUGGCUACCGGACAAGCAUUCAUUCCACUUUGCACUCGUUUCUCCUCUUGUCCGUCGCACAACCAUACAACUCACCAAGGCCACGAACCCGGUGCCGACUUGGGGCCCGUGAUUUCGCCAGCCGUUCUGCUUCGUAUCCAUGACUUCAUCGAGUCGGGCGUUCAAGAGGGCGCAAAGUUGCUGCUAGACGGUCGUGGUGUAUCGGUGCCUGGCUACGGAGCGGGCAACUUCAUCGGACCGACUAUUCUGCACGGAGUGCGGACCGACAUGCGCUGCUACCGCGAGGAGAUAUUCGGCCCCGUCCUCCUCUGCGUCGAGGUGAAUGUUCACAUUACUUCUGCUGCGGUUGAUGUUCACUAUUGCCUGAUUGAAAACAACUUACAGUCCACUAGUACCUCAAACAAAGUGGAGGGAGCACAUUUUGUAUAUCUGAUUUACUGGUCGUCUCGAAAGCCUACUUACAAAUGA